AUGCCAAACAUUACAAUCAAUAUCAGACCUUCCACUGGCGAAACGUUUAAAGUCGACAUUAACGAUGAAAGCACAGUUCAGGAACUGAAGGAAAUUAUUGCUAAGCAAAUGGGCGACAUCGCCCCAUCUACUUUAAAGCUUGUUUUUUCUGGAAGGAUUCUGAAGAACGAAGAUAUAAUUAAUACUAGCAAAAUUGUUACAGGUUGCACAGUUCAUGUUGUUCGUUCAGGAGCUAAUAAAGCUCCAAAGUCGUGUAGCAGCCAAAUCAACACUUCUGGGGUUAGUAACACCACUGAUCCGUCAGCGACAGCAACAGUAACAGCAUCAUCAGCCUCUACACCAGCGACCUUUACUAAUACAACCAAUCCAGUUGCGCCUUCCGCAUCAAAUCUCUUUUCUCUUAAUAACGUCGGAUCUUCACCUUUUGGUGAUAACAUGCAGAUGCCUGAGUUAGAUCCCGAGGUCAUGCGUCAAAUGAUGGACUCACCUUUUAUGCAAAGUUUAAUGAACAAUACAGAUUUUGUUCGCUCUAUCAUUAUGAGCAACCCUCAAAUGAAAAGACUCGUCGAAGAAAACCCUGAACUUGGCCAUGUUAUCAGUGACCCUUCAUUCAUCAGACAGUCGAUGGAAAUGAUGCGUAACCCUGAAUUAAUGCGUGAAAUGCAACGAAAUAACGACCGUGCACUGUCCAAUAUUGAGGCAAUUCCUGGUGGAUUCAACCAUUUACGUCGAAUGUAUCACAAUUUUCAAAGCCCAAUGGAAAGUGCAUUUUCAGGAAAUGCAGGAGGAAGAAGUGGUGAUGAGGCUGAUAAUGAGCGCUUAGCCAGACAGCUCAAUGUAGAAAGUGUGCCUGAGAAUACGUUGAAUACACAAGCAUUACCGAAUCCUUGGGCUGUCAACAACAAUAGCAAUGCGAAUAGCAAUACUACCAGAAAUAACCUUAACGCAGCUAGUAAUAGUGAUACAGCCACAACUGCCGCUGCUACCAACCCGUUUGCAACUCUGUUUGGGGGAUCUGGUGGUUCUAAUUCUGGGUCUAUUUUUCCUUUUGGACAGCCUCAGCAGCAGCAGCAGCAGCAACAGCAGCAGCAGCAACAACAGCAACAGACACCAUUCUGGUUAGAUCCCAAUUUCAUUCAAGCAAGCAUGAGAUUACAGCAAGCGAUGAUGGGAGCACAAAAUCAAAACAAUGAUAAUAAUACCACUACCAAUAAUACUUCCUCCACCAGUGCUACUAAUACUAAUACAACAGCACCAGCCACUAAUACCAAUUUUUUUGAACAAAUGCUGAUGGGAAUGGGCGGUAUGGGACAAGGAUCAGGAGGCUUUCCUGCUUUUAUACCACCACAGCGACAACAGCAGCAACAGCAGUCUCAAAUUCCAGCAGAGCCUCCUGAAGUACGAUUUAGAGAUCAAUUAGCGCAGUUAGAGGAAAUGGGUUUCUCAGAAAAAAGUACCAAUAUUCGUGCUUUAUUAGCUACAGGAGGAAAUGUCCAAGCAGCUAUAGAUUACUUAUUAUCUAUGUAA